CUUCUUAUGAACCCUCCACGUUUUGCCAACUUGUACUCAACAUAAACCUUAAACAACAUCAUUAUUUUUUCUCCUCUGCUUGUCUCCUUCUCUCUACGCCAUCAAAAUUUCUCGCCAAAACCUCCAUUCCCCUCCCUCUCUCUCUACCGGAAAACUCCCAUUUUUCGGUGGCGGGAAAAGGGUAGUUGACAGUUAAAACCGUUAAACUCCAAAAGGGUUCAUUUUGGUAUCUUGAUAUCUUGCUUUCUAUUUUUGGAACAUUUUUUUUGUCUUCUGCAGCCAUGGUGAUGAAAGUAUCGUCGCCAAAGAAGGUUGCUUCCAUUACAGAGAAGGUAUGGCAGAGAGUUUAUGGGAAUUAUAGCAGUAGCAGCAACAGCAGCCAUUAUCAUCAUCAUCAGCAUCAUCGUCAUCAAAGGAGGUGUUCUUAUGAGAGUGAGGAUGAAUACGAGGAUGAUUAUGGGACCAUACAGUUGAUGCAGAUGGGUGCUGAAAGAACCAAGAAUGUGCUGAUUCUCAUGAGUGAUACGGGUGGUGGCCAUAGAGCUUCAGCUGAGGCCAUCCGUGAUGCCUUCCGGAUUGAGUUUGGAGAUGAAUACAGGAUAAUUGUGAAAGAUGUUUGGAAAGAGUAUACAGGCUGGCCAUUGAACGACAUGGAGAGGUCCUACAAGUUCAUGGUGAAACAUGUACAACUCUGGAAAGUCGCCUUUCACAGCACGUCUCCUAAAUGGAUACAUAGCUGCUAUCUUGCUGCCAUUGCUGCUUAUUAUGCCAAAGAGGUGGAGGCUGGCCUCAUGGAGUACAAGCCGGACAUUAUCAUUAGUGUGCAUCCGUUAAUGCAACACAUUCCUCUCUGGGUUCUUAAAUGGCAAGGCCUUCAAAAGAAAGUAGUUUUUGUCACUGUAAUUACAGACCUCAAUACCUGCCACCCGACGUGGUUUCACCCUGGGGUUAAUAGAUGCUACUGCCCGUCAAAGGAGGUUGCCAAGCGGGCAUUAUGUGAUGGACUUGAGGAGUCCCAAAUUCAGGUUUUUGGUCUGCCUAUUCGGCCUUCAUUUGCCCGUGCAGUUCUUUCUAAGGAUGACUUAAGGAUAGAGCUUGAGAUGGAUCCCGAUUUGCCUGCAGUUCUGCUAAUGGGAGGGGGUGAAGGGAUGGGCCCUGUUAAGAAAACGGCCAUUGCUCUUGGAGAAUCACUAUAUGAUAAAGAUCAAGAGAAACCAAUAGGGCAAUUAAUCAUAAUAUGUGGCCGAAACAAAUCCCUUGUCUCUACAUUGGAAUCAGAGGAAUGGACGAUCCCAGUAAAGGUCAGAGGGUUUGAGACUCAGAUGGAGAAAUGGAUGGGAGCUUGUGACUGCAUAAUUACAAAAGCUGGUCCAGGUACCAUUGCAGAGGCCUUGAUAAGGGGGCUUCCAAUUGUUCUCAAUGACUACAUUCCAGGACAGGAAAAGGGUAAUGUACCUUAUGUAGUAGACAAUGGAGCAGGAGUAUUCACCAGAAGUCCAAAGGAAACAGCUAGAAUUGUGGCUGAAUGGUUCAGCACAAAGACAGAUGAGCUCAAGAGAAUGUCAGAAAAUGCUCUUAAACUAGCACAACCCGAGGCCGUAUUCGAUAUUGUAAAGGAUAUCCACGAGCUUGCCUGCCAAAGAGGGCCCCUAGCCAAUGUUCCUUAUGUGUUGACAUCAUCAUUCACAAGCCUAAUAUAAUAGAUAGCGUCUACAUCUUCUAAUGUAACUAAGAUUUGUUCCCUAGUAAGCUCUGUACAGGUAAGCUUUAAUAUUAAAUCAUUCUUUGGCCUCAGAGGUUUUUUUCACCAAAAAAGAGCCACAAAAUUCUGCUGAAACAAGCUCCGAGUUUUGCAAGUUCAUCCAAAAAAAAAAAAAAACAGAAAAGAAAAAAAGCUGUGUGUGUUUUGAAGGGCUGGCAUUAUUUAGGGUACAUAUGGGAAAAGUUAGGUGUAUCUGGAAGUUGAAGCUGUUGUAAACUCAUUAUGUAGCAAUGGUCAAGAUUUUUGUUUCUAUUCCGCCCUUAAAUGGCGUUAGUUUUCUUAUUAAUAUUUGGUCUUUUGUCUUACCUAAGGACUCUUGUUUAAGUGUAAAAUGAAAUGUCUGCUAGACUUGGAAUGACUUUUGUUGUAA